UCAUCAUUGCUCAACUCACCGUAUCGGCGUCGAGCAGUGGACGACCUCUCCAUGCAACUCACGACAGUGCCAGUUCUGCACCGUGUCCUGAGCGUCAAUUCAAGCCAAAAACAAUCCGCAAUCUUGGCAUUUCUGCUCGGAACUCUGCUCGUAUCUUUCGCCAUAUUCCAUGUCGUCAUCGAUGAAUUGAUACUCCACUCUGCGAGUUUCGUUCUAUCGGUCACUGUCAUUGGGAUACGUACAAUGCAAUUAAUCAAACUCCGGACAGAGCCAGACUCAGUUACUCGGAGGAAGAUUUGGGGUAUAGUGAUAUUCGGUGCCGUAAUCUUCAACGCCGGAUACAUAGUCUGGCUGCUCGAUGGAUGGGCAUGCGGAUUCUUGAGAAGCGCAAGAGAGAAAAUCGGUCUUCCUUGGGCGUUUUUAUUGGAACUUCACGGCUGGUACGUUUUUAAUCUCCUCGAAGAGCCCCAGGCGACUGAUAGUGAAACAAACAGGUGGCAUAUUUGUACUGGUAUUGGCGCUUAUAUUUUCAUUGCCGUAGUCGAUCAUCUCGCCUCAGGCGACGACCUUCAGGAUAUUGACGAGUCAUUUGCUUGGCCGGCUUCAUGGGCUUCUCGCUCGAUUUUUGCCGGUAGAGAUGCCGUCAUAGAUAGUAAACAAAAGUAG